UCUCUAUGUAUUCUAUGGUGUUUGCCUGCUAAAAGUAAACAUCAAGGAUUUUCUAAAAGGCGAAGAAAGUUAUCCUUUAUGUGCUAAUUCUAAUGCGACAUUUUUAUUCAGUAAUUUAGUCCUUUUUGCUGUACACUUAGGAUACAUUUGCAUCAUGUGUUUUUUACCGUGGUUAUAAUAUUCCACAUCGUUUAUUAAAUCCGACACAUCGACUGUCUCAUCUCUGGUGCGCUUAGUACCCACCAGAAUUUCUUUGACUUUUGAUAUCAUGGAAAUCUCUUUAUGUAUCACUUUUCUACUCUUACUCUUCCUGACUGAAAGCACCCCUGCUCAUGUACACUCACACGUUUCAAAAGAAAGAAUUGAAGAUGGAGUUUACUCACCCAUAGAUCGAAACCAUAUUCAGGACGGAGUUCAUCAUUCAGAAUUUGAUCAUGAAGCCAUCCUAGGGAGCACUAAGGAGGCAGAGGAAUUUGAUCAGCUUCCUCCUGAAGAAGCGAAACGGCGCCUUCAAAUUUUACUUACAAAAAUGGAUCUCAACAAUGACAAAGUGAUUGAAAGGAAUGAGCUUCUUGCAUGGAUUUUGCGAUCAUUCAAAAUGUUAGCAGAAGAAGAAGCAAAUACUCGUUUUGAAGAAGGCGAUGAAAAUGCUGAUGGAUUUUUGACUUGGGAAGAACAUUUGAUCGAUACCUAUGGCUCUGCUGAUGCUGAUGAAAAAGCCAUGCUCGAUUUAUAUGAUGAUAUGAUGAUGAAAAACGAUAAAGCCAUGUUCAAAGCAGCAGACAAAAAUCACGAUGACAAGUUGUCAAGAGAGGAACAUUUGCACUUUAAUCAACCUGAAGAUUAUCCAGAAAUGUUUCCAUUGAUUCUUCAGAAUACUCUAGAUGAAAAAGACAUGAAUAAGGACGGCGCAAUCGAUUUUCAAGAGUUUAUUGGAGAAAAAGGAAUAUAUUUUUCAAUCUUCUUCGGUAGACAGAAGAACGACAAAGAGUGGCUCAUCGUUGAGAAAGAGAAAUUUGAUAGUGAAUAUGACAAGGACAAAGAUGGUAAAUUGAAUUCUGAUGAAAUUAUUUCCUGGGUAGUCCCGAGCAACCACGAGAUCGCAGAAGAAGAAGUGAAUCAUUUGUUUGCUGCUGCUGAUGAAGACAAUGACGGUGCUCUAUCAUUUAAUGAAAUUCUUGCAAACUAUGACACAUUCGUAGGGAGUGAAGCUACUGACUAUGGUGAACAUCUUAACAAUAUUCAUGCUUUUGAAGAUGAGCUUUAGAGCCCAAGAAAUCUGCAUAUUUACUAUUAUAACACCCUCCCCCCUCUGGCAGAAGUUUUGAAGGUGUACCCCUAAUUUCAUUGAAGACCUAUUUACCCUCUAAAUUUUAAAACCUCUUUUAAAGGUCUCUUUCACAGUGUGAAAAUCCUUUGAAUUUUAAAUGGACCACUUGACAAAGUUCACCCUAGAAAAAAAUAAUCACUUAUUUUCUCUUCAAAGUCUUGGGUAGGAAAAUAUUCACACAACCGUAAUUCCGAAAUCAACCCUUGAACGAGAUAUUACUUAGUACCUUAACACAGAUCAAGUGGAAGUUAGAUCAUACAAAUAACAUCAUUUGUAGUUUCGCCUUUUAAUUAAUGUUUAUUGUAAACACCUUUAUUUUGUUCAGAGGUUGAUUUCCGGAUUACCUGCUGGGUGAAACAUUUUCUUUUGAAAGUUUGAAAAGAAUGUAAGUACCUGAGUGCUGGAAUUCAAACCUUGUCUAGAGGUCCAUUGUGCAGUGAACUCUGUCCUGUGUCUAGUGCACAUUUUGUUCCUUACUCGUUCCUUUUUCCUACAGAUCGCACAGAAACCCUCUUGAAACCAACAGUCCACCCCUGCUUAAUCGAAUGUCAAGUAAAACAAAUUUUCCGCUAUAUCAAAUUUUUGCGUGGUCCCGACAAAUUCCCGUAAGGCUAAUGUUUAUAAUUUAGGCCUAACUUGAAUUGUGCGCAAAAUAGCAUCUGCUUGACUGGAAUAAUCUUCUUCUUUGAGGUUUUUUUUCUCACUUGGCCUCAACGAUUUCGACAAAAUCAUCUCCAGUUCAGGGGAGGACGCUCAGUACUCACAAAUACUAUCUUAUUCACUGUAAACCAGUUUCACGGUCAGUGUUGCCAUCCACUUAGUGGAAGUUCGUAUGCAUCUAUGUAGACCGCUCUGUCUGGUAAGCUGAAUCCUGUAUUAAAAUCUGCAGAGAUUGCAACAACACUGACAGAUACAAGAAUAGUACUCCAACCAAGCAUGUGUUGCAGCAUUAGUGCGCAUGCAUACAUGAUGUUAAUGUGGACGUCCAAUUUAUUAGACUGAGAAAGUUGGAAGUGACAUUAAGUACUACUUUUCAACUCCCUUUCUCUGUCUCUCAAAAAAUCUUCCAAAUCUAAACCUACAAGUAUUUAAAUAAACCAAAUGAAAAAAUUCUGUAUUAAAAAACUUUUUAGGACAUAACUGAACCUAUGAAUCAAUUUGUAAUCCUACAUGAUUGCAACUCUUCUUAAUUCUGUGUAGCUGUCCAUAGACUUAAUCGGUUUUUUACUGUCAAGAAACAAACAUGACUUGUACUGUAGCCAAAUGGCUCCCUUACACUAAUUGUGUAUGAUGCAAUAAAAAUCAUAGGAAGUGACAAAGGGACAGCAGAAGGGAGUUCAAGACAGAAGACCUAGUGGGAAGGAAAUCAGCAGCAUAGCAAGUGCUCACUGUUAGCUUGCUCAGUCGCGCUUUGCGAUCUGCUUUGUGACUGCAAGGAAGAGCUCACUGACCUGUGUAAGUCCUUCUCCCUUCAAAACCGCCGAAAACGGCGUGUCAGAUGAAGCGGAAUAAGCCAUGCUGUUCUGAUGCAAGUUUACGUAAUAAAGAAAUAUAGCAAGAUACUUUUUCUCAUGAUGACUUGAAUGUCUACUUUUACUAUAUUCCAAGUUCUGUAGGAUGCACUGAGAUAUUCAUAUUGCUUGACUCCUCACUCACAGAAUUGCUCUGACAUCGUGUCAAAUUGAAUUCUUUUGUGAAAAAAAUUGUCCUAUGAGAUGGACUUUUAACUUGAAUUUCCGAUUAAGUAGAACUCAAGCUUGAUCCUGCCGCGAUUUGACUUAACAGGGGUUGACUGUACUAAAUUAUUAGUCACUUGAGGUUAGUGCCAUAUAUUUUUUUUUAAAUGUUUGUAAAUGCUUAAUAUUUUCUCUCAGUCAUCAUAACUUUUUGCUGAUUGAUUUACUCAUUAUUUUUUUAGAUUUCACCCAUUUCUAGUCAUUAUUUUAGUUCUAAUCUAUUAUUUUUACUUUAGUAUACCAAUUUAAUAAUAAUAGGAAUAAGCAGGGGCGGAUAGACAGGUGGGAACACUGAGAAAAAUCCUGGUGAGCUGAUUGUUAUUUAGGGUAACCUCAGACUGGUUUAGCUCCUUCAUAUAACAGAAAACAACUAAAGAUGGCGCUCAAGCAUUAAUGGACCAGUAUUCCUGGUUUCCUUUUAAAUUUUAGUCUGCCCCUGGGAAGAAGCUUAAUAUUUGAUAAAACCACUGAUCGCCAAUAACGCUAAGGCUGUGAGGCUAAUGAUAGUCGAAAAUUCAAAGAUCAGAAAUGUAGGUAUCAAAUCAGAUAUUUAUCCUGCGUUGAAUUUUUCCAUGUCAAUGCACGUCUCAAAAAAAUUCCGUAAAUUGAAAAAACAUCCAUAAAAAAUAUUUCCUACACUUUGCUGCAACAAGUUUUGCUACAAGCUGCAAAGACAAUCCAAAAAGAAAACAAGGUAUAUGAUAAAAAUUGAUGCAUACGACGAUUUAACUGUAGCAAAAGAAGGAUCAUUUGAAGAAAAACUGAAAUAAGUUUUUAUAUGGUUCAAUAGGUUUUAAGUACAUGUAUGAUGCACAUUUUUUAUAUUUGAUACCCACUGAUAGAUAGAUAUAAAUAAAUACUAAUUAUAGAUGAAUAAACAGUAUAUAGUGCAUCUGUCACGGAAAAAAUCUACAAGUGCAUUUUUCUCUUAAAUGCAAAAAUCCUUUUUUUUAAAAGCCUCCAAGUUUUAACGAUUUUUGCCUCCCAAAAUUGGUUUCUAAAAUUACUGUCCAAUGGGCUAUCACGCUUAUAACAAUUUGGCAACACUGAGAACUUCUUGGAAAUAUUUUGCCGAAAUCGUUAUCUGAUUGGGAGACCCAAAGGCCUAAGGGUGACUAACCCAGUCGUCAUAUUGCACCCUAAAAAUUGGGAAAGUCCGGCCAGUGCUAGGCAAGCCUUCGGUGCGCAGUUACUGAGUGGUUUUGUGCGUUCCGUGCUAUUUUUUGGUGAGCAACAUGUAGGAAAGAUAGUAAUUUGGUUGAGAACAACAUUUUGUGAUUCAGCAAUCUAACUACCGAGCGGACCCUUCGAUCUCUUAGUUGGGUGACAACUACGGUAGUUCUAUCCAAUGUUGCCAAGUAGUUCAUAAUGUUUCCGAGUUGUCCUAGGUGUAGUAGUGCAUCAGAUAGUAGUUUUAGAGACCAUUUUCAGGGAGCAAAAAUCAUUUUUCAAACUCGCAAGGAUUAAUGCAGCUCUUCCUUUCCAAAUCUUCAUAACUUUUUUUCUUUCUUUUUUUUCAAUUAAAUGACUAAAUCCCAAUAAAAAGCUGAUUUCUCUGUCUUACAAACGAGACCACAGAAAAUGUUCCAUCUAGCUUAGUUUUAAUGUUAGACCAUCUGUCUCAUUCUUUUUGAAUAGCGUAUUUAGAGUAAAAAUAACUGUGACUGUAUGUAAGCAAAGCUUCUACCUAGCUUACUUUUGUAGUUAGAUCAUUUGUCUCACUACUUUUUGAAAAGCUAUGAAUGAAGAGUAAAAGUAACUCUAAUUGUUAGUAAGUAAUUUAUAAAAAACUCCAUGGUUUUGACUACUCAUAUUCUUAAUUUCUUUAACUUAUGUACCUAUUGCCUUUUUUCAUCUUAUAAUUAAAUCUUACUAGGAGAAAAACAGACAGUUUAAUCUGUCUCAUAAUUAAAAUUAGGAAUUUUAAACAUUUUUUCGGAACAUUUUUAGUUUCCAAAGAAUGUUAAAAGAUGAGUUUUUUCUUUAAAUUGUCUCCUGUUGUAAUCAAUUCUCAUUGUUCCUGUACUGAUUCUUCUUUUGUUUUCUCUCGGGACUUUAAAUAAUUAUUUCGUCCAUCAGUGCGAAUAUGUUCUGUGUGUACCAAAUUUCUGCACAAAUAAGUACUAAUUUGCUCAAUACUCAAAUACUGUAUGAAAUAUUUUUAAGAUGAAAUUUUAGUUUGUAAUCUGUUUUAAUUUCAUUCAACACUGUGCAGUCAUUAUCCAGCUUACUUAAUGAUAAUAUUGUAAGACGAAGUAGGUAAAACAUUGAUGAGUUCAAAUGGAGUCCAUAACUCUUUUCUGGACGUAGACGAUUCUCUGAAGUAUUUAAAACUUCGCUUAAAAUGCAGCCAUAGAACCUUCGAAAACGAUCCAAUUGUUGGUCAAUCACUCUAUAAUAAUCAAAUUCUCAAACCCUUUUUUUUAAAA